CUGUUCCUGCGCUUCCUCUCCUUUUGUCUUCCCUUUCUCAUUCCCUUCUUCUUCUGCUCUCCCUCCCUCCCUCCCUCCCUCCUUCCCUCUCUCUCCUUUGUCUUCCUUUCUCUCCCGUUCUCCUUUCCUCCCGGGGAGAGGCGGGGACAGCCGGGAGCCUCCGCGCCGUGACGCGCAGAGGAAGCGGCGAGGGGGAAGCGGAGCCAUGGCUGCAGCAGAUGCAGAAUCCCUCGGAGGAGACGAUUGCCUGGAAGAGGACGAGGAGGAGCUGGAGGCAAGCUUGGAAGACCACGAGAACGUGGGAAAAUUACUGGUUCCUGGCAGGCGUAGCUGCUGCAUUCUGACCCGUCGCGGAAUCACUCUGCGCGUGCUUCUCAAGGAUGGGCUGAUUGAGCCCGGAGAGGGCGUUCUCUCCAUUUACUACCUGGGCAAGAAGUUCUUGGGCGACCUCAUGACAGAUGGCAAGAUCGUUUGGCAGGAGACGGGUCAAGUGUUCAACUCCCCAAGCGCCUGGGCGACCUACUGCAAAAAGCUUGUCAACCCAGCCAAGAAGUCUGGGUGUGGCUGGGCGUCGGUCAAGUAUAAGGGCCAGAAAUUAGACCAGUAUAAAGCUGUUUGGCUGAAGAAGUACCAGCCCAACACCCCCCCUGCAGAGGAGAGUUUAGUGAGCGAAGGGGAAGAGGACGAGCUUGCCGAUGAGGAGGAGGAAGAAGCCAAGGGGGUUAAGUCAGUCCUCUCAGAGUCCAUGCUGGCUAAGAAAUUGGAGGACAAGACCCGGAAGCAACAGACCAAAAGUCUUGCAGAAUUGCACAGCUCAGAUAACAGCAAAAGGCUGGACUGCAGGAAUCGAAUCCCUGUCCGUUAUUGCAGCCUGGGGAGUCGGGACUCUUCCAGGAAUCCUCACACCUUGGUAGAAGUGACGUCUUUCGCAGCCCUUAACAAGUUCCAGCCUUUCAAUGUCGCCAUCUCCAGCAACGUCCUUUUGUUAGUGGACUUCCAUAGUCACCUGACGAAGAGUGAAGUGACUGGCUAUCUCGGAGGUCGCUGGGACACCAACAGCCAGCUGUUAACGGUGCUGAGGGCAUUCCCUUGCCGAUCACGCCUUGCGGACGGGGACUUAGCAGCUGCUGUGGAAGAAGAGAUAUGCCAGAACCUUUUUAUGCGUGGGCUUUCCCUGGUGGGCUGGUAUCACAGCCACCCGUUCAGCCAUGCCCUGCCAUCCCUCCAGGACAUCGAUACUCAAAUGGACUACCAGCUGAAGCUCCAGGGAACCAGCAACAGCUUUCAGCCUUGCUUGGCACUCAUCUCCGGUCCAUACUGCCAUGCCAACCAAGGCGUAGAGUCGAAGAUUGCGCCCUUCUGGGUUAUGCCCCCUCCGGAGCAAAGGCCGUAUGAUUACGGCAUCCCCAUGGAAGUUGAGGUCUCCUACGUCCAAGACGGCUUCCUCACCAACGACGUUCUCCACGAGAUGAUGCUGCUGGUGGAGUUUUACAAAGCGGCGCCCGACGUAGUGAAGUUUCAAGAGAUGUGGAGCCAGGAGCAGACCUAUUUGGAUAAACUAAAGGGCUCGUUGGCUUCCAGGACGCCCAAGGACCAAGGUUUCGGACACAUCCUGGAGCAAGUCUACAGCAUCCUCAAACAAUACAGUUGAAACCAGGAGGAGGAACCAUGUCUUCAAGCUUUCAGUCAGGGGUUAGGGAAAGAAGUUUGGUUGAGAAGCUUAACCCCUCCAUUUUGAAACCCAGUUCUGCCCAAUCUUGCUUGGCUGGUAGAGAGGGAAAUGGAGACCCUUUGUGUUUGUGUGUUUAAGAAAGGUUUUUCACGAGUUUAAGAGGAAACACUGGACCAGCCAAGAACAUGCUUUGAUUUGCCUAUGCGGAAGCUAGAGAAGCUAUCUGUUCCCCUGUCCUGGGCUUGGCGUCACGGGACAAAACAAACCCAUUUCAUAGAUGGUCAACUGAGGCAACCUGGCUUGCGAGGCCUCAAAAGGACCCCUUGGUAGAUCUCAAAUUCAAUCCAGCAGAGUGUUGUGUGCUGGUCGACACAGCUGAUCUCCUCUUGAGGUUUUCCGAGACGGAACGGAAGCCCGCAACUCUCCAAUUUCGUCUUAUGUUUCAUGUUGUGAAGGGUGGGGAGAAACUAGCCUACGGCCUCCAAUGUUUCGGGUGUGUGUGUCUGAGCUGGUAAGAGGGCAGAUUUUAAAAAAGGGGGCAGUGUGGUGUUGCCUUUCUAAAAAAUUUCACCGAUGUGUAGAAGCAGCAAAAACUGAGUA